UCCUGAACAAACGUAUAAAAGCGCUGCGAAGCCCUCUGUGAAGUGUGUGCUGGUGAAGCUGAGGUUCCCUUUUGCACCCAGGACUGUUUUACUCAUUCCUUAUCGAAUAAACAGCCUUGCUGCUAAGAAUCCUUGGUUACCAGCUUCGUUUAUAACACCCGGGAACAGCCCCGCUCCAGCAGCAUCAAAAGGAAGGUCCCAGCUCAGAGCACACCCGGCACAGCUCCCCCUCCAGGCCAGCCCACCAUGGUAUGGGGAAUAGCUGAAGCCCUUGGAGCUGCAGUCGGAGCAGGAGUGGCACUGGUUGCCGCCCCGGCUGUCGUUGCUGGGCUGGGGUUCACCGCAGGCGGCAUCGCCGCUGGAUCCAUCGCUGCCAAGAUGAUGUCGGCAGCUGCCAUCGCCAACGGAGGUGGAGUGGCAGCCGGCAGCACCGUGGCUGUGCUGCAGUCCAUUGGAGCUGCAGGUUUAUCUCUUGGUGCUGAAGUUGGGCUGGGGUCAAUCGGGGCAGCAGCUGGUGCCCUGGUAGAGAAAAUCGUCAGUUGACAAACCCAAGGAGGCAGCAGCUCCAGAUGCGGAACCCAAGAGAGGUGCUGAUCCUGAGGUGUUGCCAGGCAGUGUGGCAGAUGCUGGGAAACCUCCACAGACCCCACCCUCUCAAAAGCUGUGAAUUCCCCUGUGCAAUGAGUGCCCUGAAGCCAAUAAAGUUGCUUUGCCUGCAGCAGA